AUGAAUAACGGUAAACAAGAUACUAAUUCAAAUGAAUUAUCACUGUUGAAUGAUGAAGAAAUAGAUCAAAUAUUACACCAGAAUAAUAUCUUCCCUGAUGAAAUAAUACUACCACCAAAUGAUACACCUACCACUACAACAGAAAGUAUUCAGAGGCAAAAAGAUACAGAUGAAAUUAACGAUAUAAUCAAUCCAUCAAUAAUAGAUAUUCCAAGAGACGUACAGGAUAGAUCUUUGACUUUGGCAAGAGAUGCGUCCAACAUCUAUCAUCCAGCAACGACAGAUCUCAUACGUAGGCCGACUACCCCAUUACAGAAUUCUUUUCAAAGACCCCUACCUGCAGAUCAAUUAUAUUCAUCCAGAAUACUGGAACAAAAUUCAAAUUACGAAAUGUCAAAUCUAACUAGUAGUACACAACAACGAAGAUAUCAUCCUCAUAAAUCCCGUCCUGCAUUUGUUAAUAAAUUAUGGAGUAUGCUAAAUGAUAAUUCAAAUUUGGAUUUAAUUCAAUGGUCAAACGAUGGUAAAUCAUUUGUUGUGACUAAUAGGGAACAAUUUGUCCAUGAGAUUCUACCAAAAUAUUUCAAACAUUCAAAUUUUGCAUCUUUUGUAAGACAAUUAAAUAUGUACGGUUGGCAUAAAGUUCAAGAUGUUAAAUCUGGAUCUAUUCAAAAUAGUAGUGAUGAAAAAUGGCAAUUUGAAAAUGAAUAUUUCCAAAGAGAUAGAGAAGAUCUAUUGGAAAAGAUCGUAAGACAAAAAUCAAAUUCUAAUAAUACGACAUCUAAGGAAAAGAUUAUGAAUACAAAACCUAUUUUACAUCUGAUGAAUGAACCAAGUACAGGAUUAGAUAAUACAAUCGAUAUUAAUGGCGGGUCCACUACAACUGAUCAUGUUUCGAAAGUUCUCAAUGAAUUAGAAGCAAUCAAAUAUAACCAGUUGGCAAUUUCUAAGGACUUAUUAAGAAUUAAUAAAGAUAAUGAAUUGCUAUGGAAGGAAAAUAUGAUGGCAAGGGAAAGAUACAGAUCUCAACAACAAACGUUGGAGAAAAUUUUUAGAUUCUUAGCCUCAAUAAUGCCACAAAAGAUGAUCAUGGAUGGUGUGAUGAACAAUAGUGAUAACACGAAUAGUAGCAUCGAUCUCAACUCAUUAAGGAAUAAAGGCAAUAGUGACAACAAUAAUAGCGAAUCCAUGAAUACAAACAUAAAUGAAAAAAACUUGUUUGAUGAACUUGUUAAUAACGAGGGUAACAACAACAACAGUAAUAAUAAUAAUUACGAUACUUUAAACAGAGCAAGUUCACCACUAAGGCCCCAACCAAGAUACCUUUUGAAGAAUCGUUCCAAUAAGGGGCAAUCCAUGACGACCACACCAACGUCAGCAGCAACGUCAAGUUCGCCAAACAAAAUUCUGGAGCUGAACGAUGAUGAUAACAUGCAUCCUAUUGUGGAAGAGUACGAUACCAAUGAGAAUGAAACUAAUAGAGGCAACGCAAGCGACGACAGUCUAGAGUUUUUAAAUAAUCUACAAUCGAACAUAAGCGAACAAGAUAACAGAAUCCAACAUCUGGAAGAUAUCAUCAUCCAGGAAUUUUCCCCGAAGAAUAACGUCAUGCAUGCCAAUGCCAGUAACAACAACGGCAACAGCAAUACCGCGGAUUUCAGUCUACAUGAUUAUUUCAACAGCGAUGCCAUCCCAAACUCACCAAUCGGUGAAUCCGACGAAGGCAGCAAGUACAAGAGAUACAUUGAAGAGAUAUCCGACGAUGAAAGCCGUCAUCUCCAUGACGAUGCAACCACCACCACCACCAGUACAGCCAACAUCAAGAAGCCCAGAAGAUCCUAG